AUUUAGAAAUAAUUUCAACAUGGCGACCGGUUGUUCAGAGUGUGUGUGUGUGAAAGUGCAGUGAAAUUAUGUUAAAAUUUAGUGUAUUUAGUGAUUAAUUUAGUGUUUAAGUGUAAAGUGUGUGCUUUAAUGCAUCGGUUUUGCUAUCAUGGCUUUAGAUUUACGCCUGCACUCUCCUGCAGGCGCGGAACCUGUUGUUUAUACAUGGCCCCUCACUACAGGUCAUGGCUCGGACAAACACGAUGGGGCCCUGGAGAUAGUAGAAACUAUAAGGUGGGUGUGCGACGACUUGCCCGAGAUGAAGGCGGCUUUAGAGAACAACAUCUUGUGCGACUUCGACACCCACUCCUACGAAAGCAUGCGAGCCCUAUGCGAUCGUUUCAACCGAGCCAUCGACUCUGUUGUCGCAUUGGAAAAAGGUACUUCACUGCCAGCACAACGUCUCAACAAAUAUCCGUCACGAGGUUUAUUGAAACACAUUUUGCAACAAACGUACAACCAAGCGGUAUCGGACCCGGAUAAGCUUAAUCAAUAUGAACCAUUCUCGCCCGAGGUGUACGGCGAAACAUCGUACGAGUUGGUGUGUCAGAUGAUAGAUCAAAUCGAAAUAACAGCUGACGAUGUGUUCGUCGACUUGGGCUCUGGUGUGGGCCAAGUGGUGCUGCAGAUGGCGGCCGCGACGCCUUGCCGGAUAUGCCUCGGCGUUGAGAAGGCUGAAGUACCUAGUAAAUAUGCCGAGAGUAUGGAUGUUUAUUUUCGAACAUGGAUGAGAUGGUAUGGCAAAAAAUUUGGGGAAUACAAAUUAAUUAAGGGCGAUUUUUUAAUGGAUGAACAUAGAGAAAAAAUAAACGCAGCAACAAUUGUGUUCGUUAAUAACUUUGCGUUUGGGCCCAACGUCGACCAUCAGUUGAAGGAAAGAUUUGCGGAUUUGAAGGAUGGAGCGAAGAUAGUAUCGUCGAAGAGCUUCUGCCCGCUGAACUUUAGGAUAACAGACAGAAACCUGAGUGAUAUUGGGACCAUCAUGCACGUCAGCGAGAUGUCUCCACUGAAAGGCUCCGUGUCUUGGACGGGGAAACCAGUCUCUUAUUAUUUACAUAUUAUAGAUAGGACCAAAUUGGAGAGAUACUUUCAAAGACUGAAAAAUCCGAAACUCAAGGUCAGCAAAAGGGGUUCGCACAACGGGUGUGAGGAGGGCGAGGGCAGCGGCAAGCGGCACCUGAGCGCGCCGCCCACGCGCCAGCCCACGCCCGACCUGCUCAACGGCAACAGCAACCACAGCACCGGCUCGCUGCCCGAGCGCAGGGGCAAGGUGGCGCGCCCCCGGACCGUUAGGGGAGAGAACGGACGGACGCGCGCUCGCGCGGCGGUGGCCAAGCGACGCGUCGUGCGCCGCUCCAGCGACGAGAGCGACGAGGAGUCCAGCGGCACCGACGACGCGCCGCCCGGCCCCGAGCCCGCGCCGCGCGAGUGGGGCGCGCCCUGGGCCUCCUCCUCCGACUCCAACCGCAGCCGGCGCACGUCGAACAAGCGCGCGGCGAGUGCGGGCGGCGCGCGGCGGAGAGCGGCGCGCGCCAAGCGACGGCGCGCCGCGCCCGCCGCCAUCGCCGGCCUCGACCUGCUGCACUCCACCACGCUCGCCUCCACCAUACACAACGGCGCCGUGACAGCGCCUCCGCCGGGCUGCGUGGGACAGCGGCUGUCGGCACUGGGUGUGCAGCUGCAGCCGGCCGAGCGACUGCACUCGGAGCUGGACAUCCCGCGCUCGCCGCACACGCCCUACAGCCUGCAGCUGCUGCUCGACAUGUUCCGUGACCAGUACCUCGCUUUCAUACAGCGCAUGAACACGCCCGAAUACGCAACAGAGAUUCGACAACAGAUCGACAAAGAAAAGGAAAGAAAUCAAAAAUUAAAAUCUCGAGCAUCGCAAUUAGAUAAACAAAUCAAUGUGCUGAUUAGCGACAGUGUGGCGUUACUGAAGGCUCGCAUGAGUGAACUGGGCAUCCACGCUAACAACACGGUUGAUUUGCUGGCUAAAGCUAAGGAGAUCGUCGGCAGACAUAAAGAGCUGCAAAGCAAAGCUAGUAAACUACAAUCUCAGGUUAAUAAUAUAGAAGCAGAACAAACUGUGCUCGUGAAACAAAGAACAUUUGAAAUCACAGAAAAGUAUCGUCAAAUGGGACAUAUACCACCUGAUGUUGAAAUUACGCAGAACAUAGCCCAUGAUUGUAUUUUAAAAGAGAUAUCGGCAACAUUAGCGCACCGAAAAAGGCUACACGCACAAGUCGGCCAUCUUCAAAAUGAAAUCAUCCAAAUGGAAAGAGCUAGUGAACAAAAAGCGUCAGUGCCGUCAGUGCCCGUUGCUACCGUGAAACCCCAUACUGUCAAUUCGAAGCCAAGAAAGUCAAGGGAGCACAGAUCAAGAUCGCAGGAGUGGCCUGACGUUCCGGACGUAGGGAAAAUUGAGGAACAGAACCCAGAAAUCCUCGCGCAGAAAAUUCUCGAAACCGGGCGUCAGAUCGAGGCGGGGAAGAUCAUAAAACCUAACGUUAUAGUGAAUGGGUACGUGAGAGACUCCGAGCGGCACGGCGACCAUCGGAGCAGUAAAGCUGCCACGCCCAUCCUCCGAGCGCAGCCGCAGCCGCAGCGCCCCGCGCCGCCGCAGCCUGCGCUCGCCCAUCGACAGUCGCCCGUCAAACCACAGAAGCCCCUCAACGUAGUCGCCAAAGUGCAGGAAUCACCGAAGGUAAUUAACUUUGAAGACCGGCUAAAGAGCAUAAUCACUUCGGUGCUGAACGAGGACCAGGAGCAGCGUAAGGCGUCGCGGCAGCCGACGCCCACGCACGGGUACGGCAACGGCUACGUGCGACAGCCAGGCGGCGGCGCCUACCCGCCGCGCGCCGUGCCGCCCGCCAGCGCCCCGCCCGCGCCUGCGCCCUCGCCCUCAUACCCGCGCAGUGCGGCGCGUGACUUCCGUCGCGAGCGCUACCAGUUCGACCGUCGCGAGCCGCCGCGCCUGCCGACCGCACACCACGACCCGCGUCCGCCUGAUUUGCGCCAUCACCAUAUAUCGCAACCCGAUUACACUCAGGUAUCUCCUGCGAAAUUAGCACUACGGCGCCAUCUCUCGCAGGAGCGUCUGGCGGCGCCGGGAGCUCGCACCAUAGGCGACCUCGUCAACGGCGAAAUCGAACGCACACUAGAGAUCUCCAAUCAGAGCAUCAUAAACGCGGCCGUCAACAUGAGCGCAGCGCGUUAUCACGAGCCGGCUGCCUCACAUCAACCGCUCGAGGGACUUGCUGCGUGUUUACAAGCGCGAGUCCUCGCCUCGGAAUACUGGCGUGGCCGCAAUGGUGCGCCCGGUCCGGGAAACAGUAGCGGCCCCCCGGGGAGCGGCGGGAGCGGCGAACAGGACGACGCAUCUCGUCGUCGAACGCCGCCACCCGAUCCACACUCGAACACUUCGACGCCUUUAGUUGAUGAAUUGCCUGACGGUUCACGGCUACAAGAAGGCGAAGGCGGCGAAGAGGUCGACGAGAGUAAAUGGCAAGAUAGAAUUGCCUUUCGAUUCGAUCAAAUAAUUUCGUUCGCUUCAACGGCUAUGGAAGACAAGCGUCGGCGAUCCGACGAGGCGUGUAACACGUCGCCGGACUCCGGCAUCGGGCACGGCGAGGCGGCGCAGGGCGUGCAGGCCGCGCGGCCGGCGGGCGCCGCGGCCGGGGCGGGCGCGUGUGCGGCAGGCGGCGCGGGCGCGGCGCCGGGGGAGGGCGCGGGCGCGGCGGGCGGGGCGGGCGAGGCGCGCUCGCCGUCGCCGCUGCCGGCGCACCACUUCAAGAAGCGGUUCUUCCGCCGCGAGCGCUGGGGCGCGUGGAGCGGCGCGGCGCCGCCGGCGGCGGUGGAGUGGGAGCGGCCCGCGGGUGCGCGGGGCGCGCGGGGCGAGCGGUGCGCGGCGGCCGCAGCUCGUAGCGCCACGCCGGGCGGCGCGCACGCUCGCUGCCGGCCCGCCUCCGUGAGUGAACUGUGGACGCAGUGUGUGCGUCGCCAUCCGUCGGUUCUCGCAUGUUGACUGUGGAUUUUUGUUAUAUUUUCGAAUAUAUAAUGUAAUUAUGUAUAUUAUUGAGUUUAUUUUACGUUUAGGAAGUGUAAUUAUUUAAAAGUAGAUUUAUAUCGCCGUUCCGUUUGAGCGCUCCGAAGUCGAACGCGCCAUGACGGAUUGUAUUUCAUGUGUUCAUUUAGGUAAUAGAAUCUGAAUUACAUGAUUUGAUGACGCAGCGGAUCGUCUUUGCGCCGGUCGUUCGAUGAAUGUUUGUUGUUUUAUGUGUUUUGUUUUUCGAUGUUACAGAAAGGCUCAGUCUGAAUAAUGUGAAUCAUUUCUUUGGCAAAUCUUUAGUUUUGAUGUCAUGUUAGAUACGUUGAUAAGCAAUUGAUGUGGAUAAUAAUCUCGACUUUAUAUAAUACAGUCCAUACCCACGUUGCGUACGUAUAUCAUGAAAUUGAACGCACUUAAUAUUUUAACAAUUAGGUGUAGCGCCUUACAGGUUUUGAAUUACUUAAGUGAAAAAUUUAAUUUAAAUAAUAAAAUAUACAUUUUUGUACAAAGAUAUUCGUGGAAGCGUCAGAAAGGCGUAAUUGAAAAUAUAAUUUGUUAGUAACACGCUAGACUGCAUUUCUUAACGUUACGCACUCUUGUUAUAGGGUUUGAUACAUAAAAUUAAGCUUACAAGAGCUAGGGAUUUUCUUACCAUAAUGAUACUUUCGAUAAUGAUCGCCCUAGUAUACAAAUCUAGUGAUGUAAUAAAGUAAGUUGUUAUGAAUGAUUUGUAUUUCCGAAAAGAAAUCCUCAAAAUUAACUAUUCUUUAGCUGAUGUAGCAAACGAAUGUAACUGUAUUUUUACGUUUAGAUGGUGUUAUCCUGGUUAACUGUGCUACUAAAUUGAGUCUUCCAUGCAUUUGGCAAUAACGUCUACUUUUUGUUUUAAAAGGCUCAUUUCAUAAUCUACAGACACUGCCUUUAGAAGCUGAUAGGAUGAGGCUAAUCUUUUAUGCCACUAUUCGGUUUUCAUAUUAAGUUCUGUUAAAUUAUUGUAUUAAUUUUGGACUUACUUAAUAAGUGAUCAAAGGAAGUAAAUGUGAAUUGUUGAGCAUUUUUACAGCUUUUUAAAAUGCUAUAAUGGAGUAUAUUGCAACUAUUAGGGAAUAGGAAUUUUAAUAACGUUAUGGAAAUAUACAAAAAACCGCUAGAACGUAUUUCGAUCAGCCGAAUUUAAUAUUAAAUGGACAUCAUUGAUUGUAUAAUUGUUCUACGUUAUUUCAAAAUCAUCUGCUGACCUCGCAUCUUGCGUAUAUAAGUUAUAUUAAUGACAUAAUAAACAAACUGAUAUGUACCAUAGGUACCCACUACUACGUGGCUGUUAGCAACAUUCGUGUAAAAAAGUUGAUGAAGUAUGAAGUUGCAGAAGCCAUUGUUGCCUUACAUUAGACUGGAGUUAUCCAUCGUUUAACUUUACGGAAUAUCCCAACCGCGAUUAAAUAUUGUAAUAAUGCGAUUCAAGACGCAUUGGCAUUAGAAUAGUUUAAAUGAUAUAUUUUUUUAUUGGAUUAUAAUCAUCACCUUGCUCAUCCGUGUAUAAUUGUAGAUAUGAAGUGAACAUAGUAUCGCGUCGUGUGCUUUAGUGAUACAGCGCACAGGCUUACAGUAUGGAAUUAAUUUAUGGACAUAAUCUUUUGAUUCCGUGCCUAUCAUUUGAAGCAAUAUUAAUGCGAGGACAAAUCUUUGACGUGUGACUAGUGUGUAUGUAAUUUUCGGCAUAUUGGUUUUAUUUUUCAUUCGGAAUACAUUAAAGUCACAUUUUUCCGCAUAUGAGACUAAAUUAGUCUGUCGAUGCUGUAAAUAUUGUAUAAAAAUACCAUUGAAAGCACACAUUUUACACUAAUAAGCUAAAUAUAUUAUUAUCAUGAUAUUCAUUGGUUAUGAAAUUAUCCAAGUUUUAUUGUUUUUGGUAGAAAUAUAUUGGUUUUAGUCUUCAGUGCUGGUAAAAUAUAUUUACAGUCUUCAAAACCUAUACGUAGGUUUAGCCUAUUCUGUUAUACACAUACAUACUGCCUUAUUAAUUUUAAUAAAGGAAGUCUAAUUGCAAGGAAAAUUAUCAGAGCGACAGAGAGAUUACGUCGAUCGACAUACAUAUAAUUGGCUUCAUUUUUUCGCCUUAAUUAUAAUUUUGUGAAGCAGAUGUAGGCGACAAUUUCAUAUUCAUAACACCGGUUCUUAAAACAAGAACUUUCUGAUAGAUUCUUGCUCGAGAAACUUCCACGUAAAUCAGGUUUCGACGAGGAGCCAUGUACUAAUUAUGUCCACCCAGAUCAUUCGACUUCGAAAUAUUCGGCAUAUCUAAAAAUUACUGAUACAAACUUCCUCAUUUCAAUCUGUGGAAUUGUGUUCUAUACUACUAUGUUCAAGUAAAUGUCGAAUAAAUGAAAGUUAAAUUACUACUAACAUUUUAAAUGCUUUUGUUUUCAAGACACCAUUUAUAAAACAUGGCGGUAUUACUCAUAAAAUAUCCGAUACUAUUAGUCUGCUUGCUUUAUUUUCUGACUCGUCAAUUAUCUAAAAAUAAAUUGUCGAUCCGUUAUCAAGGGUUCUUUUCGCGAUAUAUAAAUUGUGUUGCAAAUGUACUGGCAUUUGUGAAGUUUCUUUACAUCUCUGAAGCACCAAGUGAAGCGGUCUAGAUUUUAUAAAAAUUAUGGCUUGUAAACUACAAACAAAUUGUAGGAGGCUAUUGUUGCAUCGAAAACCACACUAUAAAUAUUUUAUUGGAAGUAAAACUGAUUUCCGUAGUUUUUCCCGGUAUCCCGUUACUUGAUUUUUAUACUCAUUUUCGACUUCUCAUUCAGAGAUUCUUAGAUUAAUUGAGUAACUAUAAUGCCUAUUUUCAUUAUGCAGAUUGAUGUCCCUGUGUAUUUUCUUUUGAUGUCUUUUUUUGCAACCAUAAUAUUGUGUAGAUACUUGUUUUUUUACGUAUUGUAUCUAAUACAUUUGCAUAUUUUGUAUAAGUUUGGAACCAUUCGCUUCCAUAGAGACCUUUGCGACACUUCCCGUAUCCUUUUGUUCUGUGAGUCCGUGACUGUUGUAUUAAAGAAGCAGAUUCCAUUACAUCACGUCACCAUGGUUAUUAUGCGCACAGUGGUUUAUCUUUUGAACACAAUCCGUAGUUUUGAAGAAGUAGUAAAUUAUUUUCACUCAAGUUUCUUGAUUAUUAACGGGUUGCAUCAUAUAUCAAUAUUUGUAAAUAAGGCAAUGAAUUGUAAUAAAUUGGUUUGUGACAUUAUGAUAAUGAGCAAGCUAUUAUUAGUAAUUAGAGAUAAACUUAAUUUUUCGCUCAUGACGAUUAUCCGCCUCUUAGGAAUAAGGUUUACCAAAAAUAUAAGUAAUUAUGGAUGACGUUUCUUUAACGCAAGAUUUCAUUAAUAAUCAUGUAUCAAUUAUUUGUCUAUCAAAUAUUUUAAUUUCACUAAAAUAAAACUGCAAUAAGGAAGGGCCUCGUAAGGAGUUCGUAUGUAAAUAAAUAAUAAAUUAUGUAAUACCUAACCUUUUUGUAUUGGGAUAAUAUGAUUAUGAAUAUUGUACGUAAAAACAAUAUUAUCGCGUAAUAUUGUUUACCGGUACAGUUUAUGUGAUCUAAACCUGGGUAACAAUUCAUAAAAAAAUAAGACACUCCAAGUUUUCGUGCCUUUUUCGAUAAGCUUAUUUUUACACGGAGAUAAAAAUAUCUCUAAAAAGCAAUAGGAAAUGGAUAGGGAACUAUAACUAAUUAAAAGUGGUCCACGUAUAUAGCACAUUUGUACUUCCAAACCGUAAUGAUUAGAAAAACACAAAACGUAAAAUGUUUAUAGUGAAGCUAGCCUGCUUCGGUUACAUUAGAAUAGACCGAAAUUAGAUGCGACACCAGAAUCUGCAGUAGAUUGAUAUAGCCCCAAAUGAAGUUGUGAUUUUAAAUUGCAUAAUUAGUGAUACAACGCAUUUUCGUUGUGUUCGAAAAUGUUUACUUACGUGAGAAUCGCUGAGGUUUAUUAGUUAUUUUUUAGGAUUUUUUUACUGUGCACUGUAAUGUCGUUAUAGGUAAGUAUUCGUCAUAAAUAUAAAUUAUUGUGUAAUAAAGUAAUGUUAAACAAUGAGCAAUGUUAAUAAUUUGUGGUCAGUGAAUAAAAUUGCACAUUGUAUGAAUGUUCGUAAUACAUAAACGAACAGAAUAAUUCAUGUAACGAACGAUUGGAAUAUUGUAUAUUGAACACUUUAAGCAUUAUCAAUAAUGAGAUGUGUCGUUUCAUGUAUUUUGAACAUUGGAAUGCACUGGUUUGAUUGUGCCUGAAAAACUCAUCAAUGCCGCUCCAAACCUCAAAAUUAUGUAUUUGUAAAUUAAGUAAGCUAAACGUCGAUUCUGAGGUAGAUACCGAUAGUAAUGUAGUGUUAAUACGGCAUUAAAACACUAUUUUUGAUCAGAUUGACUCGAGGAGUGAUUACAUUAUUCAGUUUUGACUAAUUUUAUUUUUGAUGGGAAAUAUGAGCUAAUUUUUGUGACGUUAUAGUGUCUAAAAUAGUACAAAUGAGAAGACUUAUCGUCGUAAGCCUCGAACUAUUCAACAUUGCAAAUGCUAGGUUUGAGAUGUAUCCCUGUGUACUAGUUUUAUUUUGUACUAAAAGUUAAAAAUAAAUGAAUAAUUAAACUACAA